CUGUGAUUAGUCUCAGGUUCUACCAACGUGAAGUUAAAAACAUUACUACACUUAGUGAUUUUGGUAACUUUUCAAAACUUCCUUUUCAGGUUAAACGUCAACUAAAAAGGUACAGAUCUAAACAAAUCCGCAAUUUUCUAAAUAUUUUGAAACCAUCGUGACUCAUUUGUGGCAUCAUAACGCACCUUUAUCAUACGACUAUACCCUAAUCGGAAUAUUUUCUCUAUUUUCAGCUUUACCUUUGGAGAUGUCGGACGUUGAAGUUGAUGAUGCCCCUGUGGCCCCACCGGCGACUGGAGGACCAAUGGACGUUAACCAGGCCUUGCAAGAAGUUCUGAAGACUGCCCUCAUUCACGACGGUGUUGUUCACGGUCUUCACGAAGCCGCCAAAGCUUUGGACAAGAGGCAAGCUGUGCUUUGCGUGUUGGCCGAAAACUGCGACGAGCCCAUGUACAAGAAGCUUGUACAAGCUCUGUGUUCUGAACACCAGAUCCCUCUUAUCAAAGUAGAUAACAACAAAAAAUUGGGAGAGUGGUCUGGACUAUGCAAGAUUGACAACACAGGCAAAGCAAGAAAAGUUGUCGGAUGCUCCUGUGUCGUGAUUAAGGAUUAUGGAGAGGAAUCGCCAGCAUUAGAUAUUCUUAAAGAUUAUCUUAAGAAUGCUAAGUAGACCUUGUUAAUUUUUAUGUAAUAUAAAAAAAA